AUGAAGGUGGAGCCCGUGGUCCCUCUUAAGGAUAGUGUGACAUUGCGGGAAGAAGUCAUAUCUCAGUGGCAGGACUUAUGGCGAGACUUCCUGCAAAAUACCAGCCUCCAUGGCAGUAAGAAUACCAAUUGUCACAAGCGUCAUAAAAUUGUCAGGGUGGUGUGGACUGUGUUGCUUUUGGCAAUGGCUGGAGUGUGUCUGAAGACGCUAACUGAUCUUUACAGUAGGUACUAUAGCUACAGCUUCACCACCAAGAUUACAAGGGAACGCAAACAACAGAUCAGGUUUCCUUCUAUCACUAUAUGUAACCGGAACAAGUUUCACAUAAGCCAAAAGAACCUUAAUGACACACAACUCAAUUAUCUUCGACAUACUGGGGACCUAGAAGAAAUAUACCCGUUUAUUGACUGGAAUGGGAAGGAGGGGACCGAGCUAAAUAAGAUGGAUUAUGUCAAAUUCUGGGAAAGAGGGGCAUACAAAGAAGAGGAUAUGUUCAAAAUGGCAUAUUUCAAGAACCAACCUUUCAACGUGAUGAGGCUGAACUACAGUCAGAAACAAGAGCAACGCUGUUUCACAUUCAACGGUGGUGAUUUCGUGUCCGAAAAUAGCGGACUGACCUUUGUUAUUGACAUCAUGCAAUGGACCUAUUUGGAUGGAGGAGUAUACGAGGCCGGAGUUACGAUGAAAUACCUUCCGCACCCAUAUAAUUCCCGCGGGACGGACUGUGUGGACACGAAAACCUCGCACUUUGUCAACCCCCUGGAAUGGUUCAAGGUGUACAGCUUUGACGGGUGUCUUCAGGAGUGCUCCAAUAAGGCUGCCAUGGAUGCCUGUAACUGCACCGCAGGAUGGGAACCUCGUCAAGAUCAAGUACAAUCGGAAGCCAGAAUGGGGAAGAAUUGUGCAUGUCGGUACCCAUGUGAAGAGACAUCGUAUGACAUACAAGUGUCAUCCAUGGCGCUGCCAUCAAAUGUCACGUUCCUCUCUAAUCUACUGCAUGCAGCAUAUACCCGUGAAAUGAUGAGACAAAAUAUCCUGAUUGUACAGAUAAGGUUAUCCAACAUGGUAGUUGACAGGGCGGAACACAAGCCGGACUUGGAGCUGGGUGAUAUAUUUGCCAGAGUUGGUGGUCAGAUUGGACUGUUCCUUGGGGCAAGUAUACUCACCACCGUAGAACUGCUGGAACUAUUGGCCGCGUGUUUGCUGGCAAGCUUGACGUCACUUCAGCUGUGGACGUGA